AUGGCCAAAUUAACUAGGGAACGAAAACGUAAAUCGGCGAUCAAUGAGGUGGUUACUCGUGUGUACACCAUCAACAUGCACAAGAGGCUUUUGAACAUUGGUUUCAAGAAGCGAGCCCCUCGUGCGAUCAAAGAAAUCCGCAAAUUCGCCACCCAACAAAUGGGCACACAAGAUGUGCGCAUCGACACUAGGUUGAACAAGUUCGUCUGGUCCAAAGGAAUCAGGAGUGUACCAUUCCGCAUUCGUGUGCAAUUAGCAAGGAGACGAAAUGACGAUGAAGAUUCACCACACAAGUUAUACACUUUGGUUACCUGGGUGAAUGUACCUACAUUCAAAAAAUUGGGUACGGAAAAUGUUGACGGAACCGAAGAAUAA